AUGAAUCGGCAAUCGGUCCUUCGUCUGGCUCGCCAAUUCGGCACUCCUCUGUCCGCAGAAUUACCUCCGUCUUACCUCGUUCCUGCGAUACAUAACAGCGUUCAGUCUUCGAACUUUUCGUCUACAGCGGCCAAUGCUGCUCGUCGUCAGUUCCCCGAUAAGAACAAAACCCGUGGAGUCUCGGCUAUACACAGGACGGGCCCAAGGCAUAAAUUGAGUGUUUCAAACUUCCCGUUACCUGUGCCUGUCAGCCCGGAAGACCUGCCUCCGCGUGAGGUUGAUCCCAAUCAUGGACUAUGGGGAUUCUUCCCUCCCGACAAAUCACCAAUGAGCACACCCGAGUACGAUAUUGCGCACGGUCGCUCAUGGUCAGUUCAAGAACUCCGCGGAAAAUCCUGGGACGAUCUCCAUUGCCUAUGGUGGGUUUGUGUGAAGGAACGGAACCGCAUUGCUACCUCAAACCUGGAACGAGAGCGGCUCAAGGCAGGCUAUGGAGAAGCAGAGUGUAUCGAGCGUGACCGCGUGGUUCGGGCUACCCAAAAGUGUAUCAAGCAUGUUCUUAGGGAAAGAUUCUACGCUUGGGAAGAUGCGAGACUACUAUGGGCGCAACAAACGAAAGAGAAGGCCGAACAACUCGGAGUUGAUCUUCCUGAAGCGAAACCGAAAACAAAAAAGAAGUCGAAAACAAAGUCCAAGACGAAGUCAACGGCCUAG